AUGCGGGCGCGGUGGCUGCCGAACGUGCCACAUCCGCUGGGAUGGACACCGAUUUUGGGCAACACGACGACGAUCCGUGCCAACUUUCAUCGGUGGCCCGAGUUUAUCAACGAGGUCUCGCAAGCGAUGGGCUACCAGGCGUGGGCGCUGUCGAUGCUCAACGCGCCGGAGAUUGUGUUCAUGCCGUGCGACGAGGCCGUGGUCAAGCAUGUGCUCAAGGACAACUUUGAGAACUACAGCAAGCCGAAGCGCAACAAGGAGGCACUGUUCCCGCUCCUCGGCCGCGGCAUCUUCAACGUCGACGGCAAGCUGUGGGAGCACCAGCGCAAGACUUCGCUUCAUAUGUUCACCCGCCGGCAGAUGCGCGACCACAUGACCCGGGUGCUGGCUGGCAAGGCGAAAGUGUUUCGCGAGCAUCUAGCGGCGGCGGCGGCCGAGGGCAAGACGAUCGACAUCCAGGGCGCUUAUUUUGCGUACACGCUCGACUCUUUUGUGGAGAUUGCGUUUGGCGUCGAGAUGGACUCGAUCACCCAAGCUGCGCCGUUUGGCGCAGCCUUUGACAAGGUCCAGUCUGCGCUCAACCAGCGGUUCUACGACCCGCUGUGGCGGAUCAAGUCGCGGCUCAACCUCGGAACCGAGGCCGACGUCACCACCUACCUUCCGGCCAUCCAUAGCUUCACCUCAUCCAUCAUUAGUCGGCGGGUGGCGGAGAUGCGCGCCGAGCGUGAUCGCGGCGAGUCAUGCCAGCGCGCCGACCUGCUCUCGCUCUACAUCGAUGCAGCGCUCCGGGCGGGCGAGGACGUGACCGAGGACGAACUCUACGACGUGACCAUCAACUUUAUUCUGGCCGGGCGCGACACGACGGCGUGCGCGCUGGCGUGGACCACGUGGGAGGUGGCCAACCACCCCGAGGUGCUUGCGGCGCUGCGUGCCGAGGCCGAUGCGGCCGCUCCGCGUGCCGACGGCGGUCUUCUGGCGCACGGCUCGUCGCCGGAAGCGCUUUACGAGACAGUGCAGGGCAUGGACUAUGCCCAAGCUGUAGUCUCUGAGGUUUUACGACUGCAUCCGUCGGUGCCUGUCGACUCGAAGCAGUCGCUCGGGCCGGACGUGUGGCCCGAUGGGACGGUCAUCCCACACGCCGGCGUUACGGUGGGAUACUCGCCGUAUGUGUUUGGUCGGUCGACCUUGCUCUGGGGCGCGGACGCGGACAGGUUCUCGCCAGGCCGAUGGGCGGACGAGGGCAAGAUCUCGUACUACAAGUUCCUCACGUUUAACGCCGGCAAGCGGCUCUGCCUCGGGCUCAACCUCGCGUCGACGACGUGA